UACAUCUAGUCCUACGCGCAACGCAAGACUGAAUUGAUUAGUCUUUGCUUGAGUUCUUACACGUACACCAUCGUCUUUCUCUUUCACACACCGCCAUGGCCACCGACGCCUUUUUUCUCUCUUCUCUCGCUGCUUUCUUCUUGCUUCUACGUUUAACAGCUGCAACAGGUAGAUCACAAGAGAGAUGCGGCUUCCCGGCGAUAUACAACUUCGGUGACUCAAAUUCGGACACUGGAGCGAUAUCAGCGACAUUAUCCGAGAUUCUUCCUCCAAAUGGUGAAUCCUUUUUUGGAAAACCUGCAGGCAGGAACUGUGAUGGUCGUCUUAUCAUAGAUUUUGCAGCUGAGAACCUUGGUUUACCAUAUCUGAGUCCAUACUUAGAUUCAGUUGGAGCAAAUUUCAGGCAUGGUGCAAAUUUUGCUACUGGCGGCUCAUCCAUUCGCCCAGGCGGUUUUAGCCCAUUUGAUCUCAGCAUUCAAAUUUCUCAAUUCAUACAGUUCAAAGCUCGCACUAUUGCUCUCUAUAAUCAGCUCAGUCCUGACAGAACAAUGCCCCCAUUCAAAAGUGGCCUCCCUAGGCCAGAGGACUUCUCAAAAGCUCUUUACACUUUUGAUAUUGGACAAAAUGAUAUUGGUUAUGGUCUUCAACACGGUACAGAUGAUCAAGUCCAGGCAUCAUUUCCGGACAUCUUAAAUAAGUUCUCUGAUGCAGUUGAGCUGCUAUACAAGGAAGGAGCAAGAUUCUUUUGGGUACAUAACACAGGUCCAUUUGGAUGCUUGCCUUAUAAUAUCAUCUACUAUUCAUUAAAACCUAACAACCUGGACCGGAACGGAUGUGUGAUACCACAAAAUGAGUUAUCUAAGGAGUUCAAUAGGCAGCUUAAGGAGAAAGUAUCUUGGUUGAGGACAAAACUCUCUCAAGCAGUAUUCACUUACGUUGAUGUUUACUCAGCCAAGUAUUCAGUAAUUAAUGAUGCAAAGAAUCUAGGUUUUGUUGAUCCAUCGACUUUCUGCUGUGGCAGUUACUAUGGAUACCAUAUUGAUUGUGGAAAAAAGGCUGUAGUGCACGGAACAGUUUAUGGUAAUCCAUGUGACCAUCCAGCAAGUCACAUUAGCUGGGAUGGCAUACACUAUAGUCAGGCUGCAAACCAGUGGAUUGCAAAUAGAAUCUUCACUGGCUCUUUUUCUGAGCCACCUGUUCCAAUUUGGGGGAGCUGUCGUGAUUCGAGCAAUGUACGAUCAUGAUACUAAUACCUCAUUUGCUUACAAAAUACUGCAUUUUGAAGAAUAACUGAGUGAUAUUGGCCACCUUCAGCUUUUCUUUUCUUGGAAGAAUAUUUCACAUAAUUGUAUCCCAGUCUGAUCCUCUGCGUAUUUGUUGUAGUUUCUGACAUAUGAUGUCAGAAGUAGAUAUUACAUACCUGAAUAGGGCAAGUUAUUUAUAUUAAUGUAUUACUCUCUGCUCUGGCAGGUCUCCUUUGGCGCAUUUAGCUCUAAAAAUCUGGAUAGGAAAGUGGGUAUGGAAGUUUCACUAUUUAUAUUGUUGCUUUCUCUAUAUUUAUAAGAAGAAAAAAAUCAGUUUCUUCUUUAAACCUGGAAA